AGCUGGUAGAACCAGUCAAACUACAGAAGGAAAAAUAAAAUGUCCAUGUAGUCGUCUGUGUUUACCGCGUUACUCACAGUGCCACUUCAUCAAACACUAUGGCACAUCCUGCGCUACUGCUGCUGAUCAGCUUGACCGUUUCUGUGAGUCAAGCCGUAAGUUUCCAUGGGGGAUCUAUGACCUUCAUGCCUGGAAACAGAUAUCCAGAUGGAACAGUGGAGAUGCACUUUUACUACAGAGAGUCUGGUAAACUGCCCUGUGAUCCUCAAGUCUCAUGGGUCUGUGAUAGUGGAGACUGUGGCGUUCUCACAUACGCACAGCCUGAGGUGACGGAUCAGGACCAGUCGGGUCAGACCCUCUGGUGCCAGUCCGAGCGUCACAUGAUCACCAAUGUCACUGGUGACGGGCCCUUCACUCUGAGUGGCUCUGGUUGCUGCUGGGCAAGUAAUGUUCAUAAUAUCAGUGAAUGGACACUUCGCAGUGUUGUUGACACAAGACAACGUUCAGACACUGGGACUGCAAACAGGUCCCCCAUUUCAGCAACAAUACCAAACAUAAGGGUUCCACAAAACUGUUUUCAGCGUCUUCACCUGCUGGCCCAUGACCCAGAUGGAGAUGAUGUGAGAUGCAAGUGCCCAUCUUGCCAUCAGCACCCAAACAUAAAUCUCGAUGAGGACUCAUGCACUCUGAGCAGUAAUGGUGCAUUGGACCUGGGACUGCAUGUUUUUGAGUUCAUGAUGGAGGAUUAUCCUGUAUCAAACAUCACUUUGACGAAUGAGAAUGGGAUCUCCUCUGUCAGAAAUCCUUAUAAUCAGACCACCAACAUUGACUCAACUCCACUCAGUCAAGUGCCUCUGCAGUUUGGAGUUGAAAUCCUAACACCAGUCCAUAGCUGUGUACCAGGGGUGAACAGGCCAAGUUUACUGACACCAACUCCCUUACAUGGAGAUGUACAACAUGCAGCUGUGGGACAUGUUCACAUUAUCGAUCUCCGCGCCCAGAGCUCGCACAACAGUAUCUUGGACUUCCAGGUCAGUGGUCCGUGGAAUAUGUCAAAGAGCUUGAGGAAUGCAAGUCAAGGGGUUACCAGAGGCCACGCUGACAUGGACACCACAGGAAUCAGACCUGUAUCAUCAUGUACCUGUGUGUUUCGCUGCAGAGACACUUCAGAGUCAGUCAGAGAUGAGGUGCAUUGUGAUCAUUGUGGCAAAGUCGAGGGUUCUCUCAGGUGAAGCAGAGGUUUUCUGUGAGGAUAACAGUAUCAGUGUUGCAGUAAGCAAAGCGUCCGUGAAGGGGAUUGAUCAAAACUGGCUCCAACUGAGAGACCCCACCUGCUCUCUUACUUCCAAUGACACACAUAUCCUGGGCACGGUGUCCCUCAACACCUGUGGUACCACGAUGGAGGAUUCAGGAGACUUCAUGGUUUUCAAAAAUGAGAUCAAUUCUUUUGAGAACCCUAAUGAAGUAAUCACCAGACGCAGUCAAGUUAAAAUCGGCUUCUCCUGCCAGUACCCCAAAGUAGCCAGUGUUUCAAACCACUACGUCAACAAGAAGUCAGACUACAUCUUCACUGAAUCCAGCUUUGGCACUUUUAGUUACUCAUUUAACAUUUUUACUGACAAUAACUUCAGCAGUCCAGUGGAUCCCAGUCUGUAUCCGCUGGAGAUAAAUUUGCUGGAUAUGCUCUACAUGGGUAUUGCAGCCCAUUC